GAAGCUGCCCCGCGGUUCGCUCUUCGCUGGCAUUUCAAAGUUCAUCUCAUUUGCUUGCCGCUCCGGUGAAGAGUGAGGGGGUUUUCUUCGAGAGAAAGUAGAAAGUGCUAUUAGCCAUGUUUGGAUGGAACAGAGACGGGCUGCUGUGCGCUGCUACACUGGGAGUGACUUUCAGCGCUGGCCUUUGGCUGGGGAAAAAGUUGUUCUCCCAGCGUUAUUCACUUUUAAGAACCUUUAAGAGCCACGGUGAUGCAAAAGGAGACCCUUUAAUGGAUUACGUUAUACAGAAUUCUCUCCGAGAGCACCCGAUCCUGAAGAAACUAAGGAUGCGGACUCUCCAGGAUCGAAUGUGUGGGAUGUUGGUGGCUUGUGAACAGGCUCAAUUCAUGGGCAAUCUGGCAAAGCUUAUUAAAGCAAGGAAUGUGCUUGAAAUAGGUGUCUACACUGGAUAUAACAGCUUAAACAUGGCACUUGCAAUACCAGAUGAUGGGAAAGUCAUCGCCUGUGAUAUCAGCCUUGAGUAUGCCAAUAUUGGAAUACCGUACUGGAGGGAGGCUGGCGUGGAGCAUAAAAUUGACCUUCGAAUUAAACCAGCAACUGAAACACUAGAUGAGCUUCUAGAAGCUGGCAAAGUGGAAUCUUUUGACUUUGCCUUCAUCGAUGCUGACAAGCUGAAUUAUGGUGUUUAUUAUGAGAAAUGUCUGCAACUUAUCCGCAAAGGAGGAAUAAUAGCAAUUGACAAUGUCCUCUGGGGUGGGUCAGUGCUAAAUCCAGGAAAUGAUGCUGACACACUGAGCAUUGUCAAACUCAAUGAGAAGAUUUACAGAGACAGCAGAGUCAAUAUGAGCAUGCUCACCCUUGGCGAUGGAGUCACCUUAGUCUUCAAGUUGUAGGAAGGUCAACUCCAGUGACAGCACAUUACAACUGUUCUGUCAGCUCUUCUUCUGCAAGUGCAGCAUAAAAUAAUGGACUGUCUUCUCAUCCAUCAUGACAUUUAUAUACUUUCUCCCCUCACAUUUUAAAAUGCUGCAGCCUUCCAAAAAGAUUUACCUGUCGUGUGCUUAUUCCCCAGCCUCUUUAAGCAUCCAAAUCAUGUCGUCAGUGUGUUCGUUACCCUUUCAUUGAAAGGAUCAUUUCCCAUUUGGCCAGGUAACAUCCUCCCAGCAUUCAGCCUGUUAAACUCAUUAUGUAUUUUCUAUGUUACAAUUAGAUCACCACCUCUUUUUGAAAAUCUAGGGAAUACAGGGUCUAAUCUACUUAAUCUUUCCUUAAUCUACUUAACCUUUUCUCAUCUUUCCUUAAUCUACUUAAUCUUUUCUCAAAGGACAAACUUGUUACAACAUUCCAAGCUGAAUUCUACAGUCACUAAUUUUGUAAGGAUGUCUUAUAUGCCCCUUUAUUGUAUCCUUUUACUUUGUGAAAAAAAGUCAAAAUGCACUACAUCCAAUGGUUGCCCCUUAACAACCCUGUGAGUGCACUCACUCAGCCUUAUUUGCACCUUCCCGAUCUUUUGCAAAUGCCUUACUGCUACUGCCUAACACUUAACUGCAAUUCAAACAGGAAAUAAUUUGCUAGCUUCUAUAAAUGCACUUUUGUAACCAAUUUGAUCAGUUUGCUAAUUCUUCGUGAAAGAAUCUCAGCUCCGAUUUACUAAUGGACUAAAUGAGCUCAGAAAAUGGCAGCUUGGGCGAUCAUGUGAAGAUUAAGAAGAUGCAGGAAGUGAGUGAAGGUGCUAGCAUGCCACUUUAACCCUUCAGUUCGGGAGCUGGCUUCCAAUCCAACCAGGGAUUUCCUUACAGGCACUGCUUUGGAACAAAGGCACUUGUCAGAUUUGUUUAAAUUAAGACAUACAUGAAAUUGAAGAGAGAAAUAUUAGAAUCCUCUGUUAUGAACAUCGAAUUUGUUGCUGCAGCCAUCAUUGAAAUCGCUCCAGCAGGUAGUGAGAAGUCGAAAUAAAUUUAUUAGCAUCUCUUUAAUUUAGUCUACUUACUAGAAUCAACUUCCCCUUUGCAAUUAACUUUUGUCCUAUUGAGAUAAUUGAGAAAUGCAAGUGCAUUAAUAAACAUGGAGAGUUUGCUAUUCAG